UGGCGUUUCAGAGAGAGAAAAAACACUCGUCCAGAAACAGCAAACAUUCAUCUGAGAGUCUGUAAUGCAAAAGGUUGAAGGAUACACAGCUCUGUUCAAUUCUGCAGAAUCAGUAACAGCAAGUUGACAAGAUACCACCUAUCACAACGGAAGUAAUUUACUUAACUGGCGGGAGACUACCUCUGAGGCUCCCAAUGGAUGAUGAAGAGGAGGACAUGUCUCUUCAGCGUCCUGUCUCCCAGUGCUGGGGCACCCCCUUCAGGGACAUCAAGUUCCACGACAGGGACAGCAGGGACAGAGAAGACACCCAGGACAGGUCUACACAGACGUCGACCGGACCCAACGCCAUUGUCCCACGGUCAGAGGAACACAACAUCAUGGUACCACAACGCCACAACAACAACAACAACUUUCCCUGCGGGGUGCAGGACAAUCUCCAGGGCAGAAUACUGUUCCACGGCAACGCUGGAUUCCGCUUGCACUUCCCAGCUCGGUUCGAGCCCAUGGACGAUCGGGGAGAGAGGCAGAACGAGGAGGGAAGGAGGGAGGACGAGGAGAGGAGGAGAAUGGAGGAGAGACCAGAGGAAGAGCGGGUGGAGGAUAGCGCCGAGGCGAGGAUCGGACGUAAGCUCCGGGAGAUCGGAGACCAGCUCCACCAGGAACAUGUUCAACUGUUCCUGCGGCAUCAGAGGGAUGUCCUACCAGUCUGGAUUCGUCUGACCAUGGCCCUCUACGGCUUCCUGUUUAACAGAGAAGCCCCUGCUGUACCCCACCUGAGAGGACAGGAGAGAUGAGGGGGGGGGGGGUACCCCCUCCCAAAACCCUCCACCCACCUCGGGUGUCUCCUCUCGCCUCCUCCCGUCCCCGAAAACGAGGGACCAGACUUGUAGAUGGCACUGUAUGAUGGAACACGGGUUUGGAUUCCUUUUUCUUUUAAUCAAAGACGACGAAGAAGAGAACGAUAAUCACUGCUGGACGGAGAUUAGAAUCACGUUCCUUCUCUCUCUCUUUCUCUCUCUCUUCUCCUCUUUCUUCAUGAUGAUGAUGAUGAUGAAGAAGCCAUGCUGUUUGAAGAUAUAAAUAUUUUCUAAAAUAUAUAUAACUAUUUAGUACAGUAGAUAGCAUCUUUUUGGUUUGGUUUGAAAACACGCCAAAAGGAAAUGGACAAGAAGCACGGGAUGAAAUGUAAAGAGAAAUCCCUUAAAGAAAACACCAUUGUGGACAUGGAAGGUCUUGUGGACAUGGAAGGUCUUGUGGACAUGGAAGGUCGUGAAAUUCUUGUGGAAAUUCUUGGAAGGUCUUAUGAAGUUCUACUCACCCACCCACCACGAUCUUACCAACAGGCACAUUUUUCCAAUGUAUUUUCUGAAGAAUACAAAACUCCCUGUAACUAAAUAUUUUUCACUGUUCCACACUGAUAUAUAUGAAAAAUAUAAUGUCAUAAAGA